AGUUGACCUUCCUUUGGCUCCUCUUCGCCUCCAUAGUCUUUGGUAACAUCACCGUCCUUGCUGCCAUCUACUUCACAAAGACCAACCGACGCAACAGAAUGAAUUUCUUUAUCAUGCAUCUCGCUCUGGCAGAUCUGAUGUCUGGCCUCAUCAGUGUCUUGAUGGAUGCAAUAUGGAAACUUAUCAUACACUGGUACGCUGGCAAUCUAAUGUGUAAGGUUGCACGGUUUUUACAGGCGAUGGUCACGUUCGGCUCAACUUACCUCCUCGUUGCCCUCAGUCUCGACCGUCUCGAUGCUGUUGCUUGGCCAUUACACUUCACCAAGAGCCCUUAUCACGGCAAGAUCUUAGUUUCUCUGGCAUGGUUCUUCUCCAUACUUUUCUCCAUACCCAUGUUUUUUAUAACCAAAGAAGUGACGGAAGACGACGGCAUCAACAAACAAUGUUGGAUAGACUUCACAGAGGAUUGGCAAUGGCAGCUCUACAUGACCUUAGUGUCCGUGGCCUUGUUUAUAAUUCCUGCAGUAAUUAUAAUUAUUUGCUAUGCCAUCAUCAUCCACAUUAUUUGGAGUCAAGGUAAAAAGAUAACGGCUGACGAAUGCACGGAAAACGUCACGAAAUCAGCCAGCAAUAGAUCACAGACAAAAAUCUCUAUGAACAUAGCCAACCAUUGUUCUAGAAGUCUCAUACCUCAGGCCAAGAUUCGAACCGUGAAAAUGACUUUUAUCAUCGUUUUAGUUUUUAUCGUCUGCUGGAGUCCCUACAUGAUAUUCGAUCUGCUUCAAGUUUACGGAUAUUUUCAGCCCACUCAACGAACUAUCGCCAUUUCAACAUUCUUCAACAGUCUAGCACCUUUAAAUAGUGCUGCCAAUCCGAUCAUUUACGGUAUAUUUAGCACACGAAUCUGCCAGAAUCUCAGAAACAUCCCAUGUCUCAGCAAACAUUUCGGCGAGAGGGACUCGCGCCACACGCGCUAUGGAGUUACAAGCACUGGGAAUUCGCUACAAAUACAACCAUCACAUUCACGCCCUCAAUCUUCAGCAUCUUCUCGUCUAAAUGCUAAACAGCCGGCACAGUUUUUAUACAAUUCCACCAAUGCCAAGGGUGUGAGGAGUGUUUCUCCCAAGAGUCAUUCUAUUUUGAUGAAAAGAAUGGUUGUUCAUUUAGAUGACGCUUCAUAGAAAAACAUUCACGGUGAAAAAGAGGGUGAUAUUAGUCAUCCAAAACAUCUACAUUAUUUCAUUGACUUUUGUCUUAUUCUUUAAAAGUAUUGUAUACUCUAAAGUGUCAAACGUUUUCAUACAACAUCUCUAUCUAAUUCCAGAUUAAAUUAGGUUAAAACAGCCAUUCAUGUAUCAGAUUUCAUGCAGAUAUAUAAUGAUAGGCUAUUGAUAACGCCUAAAGACGCAGAAAUGCAUUCGGAAAUGCAUUCGGCGUUCUCAUUCACCGCUGCUCAGAUGAGUUUCGCUUCUCUUUCUGUUACAUACAUUUGAGACACGGCGCAUCCAUAGGAGACACUGUUUUCGGACGAAUACCACAGUGCAUUUUGCUUAUCACAAUAUAUCUACAUUACAUAAAUGGCUAUACCUACCUACCUACCUACCUACCUACCUACCUAACUACCUACCUACCUACUUGCCUACCUACCAACCUACCUACCUACAAACAAACAUUCAUUCAUUCAUACACACAUACAUACAUACAUACAUACAUACAUA